AUGAACGAGGACGAAGAGGCCAAUGCCAAUGAUCUAGCCUCAGAAGUCGAAAUUUUCUUCACCACUGGCUAUGCUACCCGCUGGCCUACGUUCACCGACUGUACGCUUACGGAGUACCUCUGCGAUACGCGUAAGUGCAUGACACAAUUCAUCAAAAACGUUCAAAAUGACACCGAAGGAGAUUGUGGCAAGUGUUUCCAUCUUUUCCACUGCAGAAUUCAGUACAAUAAAACCCUAGCUUGCAUUAUUACAUCGAACAAGAUUUGUGGCAGAGUGUAUUCUAGCGACUUAUCCAACAUGACGUUGGAUGAUUCGUUACGUGCAGGCAUCAUUGAGGACCAAAUGUGUAAAGGGGCCUUUCUGGGUGAAUUUCUCGUUCCCAGGCAUAUAAGCACUCUGAACGGGUACUGCUCAAGUGUGUUUGUCAACAACACAGAAGCGUGUUUGAAAACUUUCCAUGACAAGUUUAUGGCUAACAGAUCGGACACCACUCUUUGCGAGGAACAUGCUGAAGCAAAAAGGUGUUGGAUGGAAACCAUUAUGUCCGACUGCAAAUUUCCUACUGAUAUCUUUGAGGUGAUAAAAUUUGAUCUGGUCGACUACAAUCCUUUCUGCGCCAACAAUCGGGAUCCUGGGGCGACCGGAAAUGAUGAGUGCCAUGGCGUGAGGGAUAUAAAGGACGACGUCAGUGCAGCCGCUGUUAUAAAGAUUAAUACAUCGCUGGCUCUGCUUCUUCCUCUUGUGUCAUUUCUGUUCGUAAUUAAGGUUUAAGAGAAUCAAAGAAACACUCUCGGGUGAUCUCCAGAUUUUUUAUCUCUCAUCCGUAGCCUUGAUACUGUGAUCCAGUCUGUGCUUGUGCAAACGAUAUUUUUAAAGUUUUUUUUCAAUUUUUUAAAAUUUUUUUUUUAUAAAAACUCUCUUGGUGACGUACUUUCGGGCUAUUAGAACCAAGUUGUCACAUAUCAAUUCUAAACAAUCACAUUAGCCAGUGAGUUUUAAAAACGUAAUACUUUUUCGAUGAAGCCAGUGAAAAAAUAAAAGUUAAUUGGUAAAUCAGCAGGAUACUUGAGAUCAAAUAAGCUUUGAUUUUGAAAAGUCUCGAGUUUUCAUUAUCCCUACUGUUUUUCUUUUACGGUGAUCUAUUGACGUUUAGAUUCUUUCGUGCAUAUUCUACAUGAAAGUGUCUUUUGAUGUUUCUUUUGAUACCGGCGAAAGGAGGUUUCCCUUGUGCAUGCCCAAUGUUUGGGACCGCCGUGUCCCAAUAUAUAUGAAGUAACGACAUUGAAAGGGAUUCUUUUUCGUGAAACUUUAACAUAUUCAUGUUUGUAUGCACGUUUCAUCUUCAAAACGAGAAAGCAUUUAACUGCAUAUUCCACUUUAUCAGACAAGGAGCAACUGGCAUAUCACGAGGUUGUUUAUGGCUUAAAGACUAAAGACUAAAGUCCAAUUUAUCCUUACAAUAUCACUGCUGUAUCCCAUAUUAACUCAUUCUAGUAUAGAAAAAAAAGUGACAAGUGAUGACAACCUUUUUUUUAAAUUUUUUUUUGUUAACAGUAUUUACAUUAGUGAGUAGUGCUCUAUCUCAUUUAAGCCCUGAGAAUAAAGGAGAUGAUAGACAAAGCUCUUGAUUUUCAAGCAAAUUCUCCUCGUCAAUAUAAUGAGAAAUGUGUGAAUAAUUGUAUGGAGAAUAUGCAUAUUGAUGUUAGGGUGUAAAGGGUUGAGUAAUUCUUUCCUAGG